ACAUGAUGAUCACCAUGCUGCCGCACCGGUACAUUUUAUCAGGAAAGAUACACGUCUGCAGCAUAUCGCAGCUUUGGCCUUGGAGCUCACUCUGGCGCUUUCGGCAAUUAGUGUUGGACACUGUGGAAACGGGAAAGAAUAUUGUGAGGGCUGUCAACGACGACACUAACAGCUUUGGACGACAUACAUCGCCCUGGUAUGAAAGUUUGCCGCCUGGACAAUGCAGGGGGCUGGGCCUUCUGCUGUUUCGGAUGAUGAGCUGCUUUCUGCUCCCGUGUUGCCAGAGGUGCCCCUGAGGCGGCUCGUUGACGACUUCCUGGAGGCCACUGGCAAAAGCAACAAAAAGGCGGCUGCGGAUGUGUUCUACUUGUUUGAGGCCUGCUGCAAUAACUAUGGCUGGGAUAACAAUGAUAAGUGGACAUACGAGGCCGCACAUGCAGUGGGGAAAGAUUUUAUAGAUGUGUCUGGUGCAGAUGUCAUAGGCAGCUGCGCUCGAGAAUUCUUUGGUUACUUCGUGCCCAGAAAGGUCAAUGCAGACCCCCGCUCCCUGAAGAAGAUGGCCACGCAGAUGGGCAGGUGGUUUAAGUGGCUCCACAAGGGGGGGCAUAUUGACGAAACAAAGUCCAGAGAACUGCAAGGUCUUGCUAAGCAGAAGGAGACCGACUUGCCGAGGGGAGAGCAGGCCAGCCAGCUCUUGUUCCAACAGAGCCGGAUGGCAAACCUCCAGGAGCCCAUCAUGGACUCCGCUGAUGGUUACUUUGAAGUUGAGCGAGUUUCCACAUCCAGCGUCACCCUCAGCGCGUUUCCGGCGGGCAGCAGUGGAGGCUUGAGCGAUCCUGAUGCCUUGGAGCUGACCCUGCCGCUGGGCAUCACGCAGCUGCUGCGGAAAGGGGACACGGUGUGCCUCUCGCUGGUCAGGGAUGCCACGGGGGACUGGAAGGUGCACCAGUCCGGGAACGUGUAUCCAGAUGGGAACGCCUCCGACUGAACCUCUUGUCCGGGGGUCAAUGGCAGCCGGCUUUGGACCCACCUUCCAAGACUGUUUUGGACUCCAUCGAAGAGAUUUUGGUUGUCUUUUAAGUGACGAGAUCUGCCCAGCCUUUUUCCGGUGUCGAAGUCAAGCACUGGUUUGCACGUUUUGUCGCUCGGUUUCCUGUUGCAAUGGAAGUCGUGCCUAGGUGGUCGUGAUCGGGACGUAUAAUAACUUAACGUUGAACGUGUUUCGCAAAUUGUUCUUGUACAGCUUGCCGUUUGAAGGUCGAUAGACUGCUGUGAGUCUUGAGCACCAGGCAGGGCCCUAUAUCUGCCGCCGCUCGGAAAUCUGGUUGGUUUCUACGUCCUUGUAGAGCAAUCUUUUGAUGACUCGUACUCCAAAUCCACAGAUUAUGUACCCAUAACUAAAAGGUGCUCCGCAAAAGCUAUGUGAUCAUCAGCCCAUACAACGUAUCUUAUGAGCGAACAAAGAAGUUUACUCUAGAUCAAUAGACUCCCAUGGCGUGUACCGACAUCCGACCAACUCUGGUUCCGCAGCUCCCAUGCCUGAGCUAGGCGUGGCUCCACAGUGACAUUCUAAAGCGAUCGGACAUGCAAGUCAUUCACCUAGCCGUUUCUAUGGUAGACGAGAUAGCCUAUACCUAGGUAGCUAUAGCUGACUGCAUGUUGGUAACAUAGCUGUUGGACGGCUCCGGUACGUGAAUUGUCCUAGUGGUUGAGUAUAGACGAUCGAUAAAAGAAGUAAGGCUGACAUAAAACACCUAAUUCGACACUUGUACGGAAAGCCUAUGGCCCUACUGGCUUACGGCGUAUUUGAAAAUAGACCAUCGUCC